UGCCUGCUCUUCUCGUGUAACUAGUUCCAAUGGCUGGAAAUAAAGGAAGAGGACGUGCUGCUUAUACCUUCAAUAUUGAGGCUGUUGGAUUUAGCAGAGGAGAUAAAUUACCUGAUGUUGUAUUGAAACCACCCCCACUGUUUCCCGAUACAGAUUAUAAGCCAGUACCACUGAAAACAGGAGAAGGUGAAGAUUACAUGCUUGCCUUGAAACAGGAAUUGAGAGAAACCAUGAAAAGAAUGCCUAAUUUUCUUGAAACUCCUGAAGAAAAACAAGAUAUUGAAAGGUAUAGUAAAAGAUAUAUGAAGGUCUACAAAGAAGAAUGGAUGCCAGAUUGGAGAAGACUUCCAAGAGAGUUGAUGCCAAGGAAAAAAUGCAAAAAAGCAGGCCCAAAAUCCAAACAGGCCAAAGAUACAGGCAAAGGCACUCCACUCACUAACACUGCAGAUGUGCUGAAAAAAAUCGAGGAAUUGGAAAAGCGAGGUGAUGGUGAAAAAUCAGAUGAGGAAAAUGAAGAGAAAGAAGGAAGCAAAGAGAAAAGUAAAGAAGGCGAUGACGAUGACGAUGAUGAUGCUGCAGAGCAGGAGGACUAUGAUGAAGAAGAGCAAGAGGAGGCAAAUGACUACAUUAACUCAUACUUUGAAGACGGAGAUGAUUUUGGCGCAGACAGUGAUGACAACAUGGAUGAAGCAACCUAUUAGGCAUGAAAUUUCCCAAAAAAUAUUUCUAUGAUGCAACUUAUGAGCAUUUGGACAGACUUAUUUUCUAUUUUAUUUCUGAUACGGAAUGAGUAUUUUAUUUUUGUUCCUAUUUUGUUGGACAAAUAUUUGUUACCAAAACAUUCAGAACCACUUUGAGUUUACAUACUAGUUACCUUACAAAUUAGUCUCUGACACUCUGACAUUCCUUCUAAACACCUCUGCUAUCCCUCUUAGGUACUUUAGUGGUUGUUUUUUUUUUGUUUGUUUGUUUUGUUUUGUUUUUUUUGUACUAUUUGGAUUUGAAUGUGCCUAAAGAAUUUUUGCAUCUCAGUCUAUACAUUCACACUUGAAGAAAUCAUUCUUCCUUAACUGCUGAUCUUUUGUAAAACUAUUACUAGUCAUAGUUAGUCAUGGAUUUCUAUAAUCUGAAAGUUGAUUUAAUACAGCACAUGGAGCACUUUAAAAGCAAAAAAAACUUGAAAAUAAUUUUAUUUUUUACUUUUACGUGGUAUAUCCUAUACUACUACAUUAUGACUACAUAAACCUACUUGAGCUCUUAGAAGUACAAAUUUGUGAAAUUAGAGGUUUUGUGAUCAAAAACAUACAGGGAAGAAGGCCUAUCUGAGCUAUAUAAAUUUGACAGCUCACAUCUCAGCCAGUACAAAGAAACAUUCAUGUGGGAUGAAUAUAAAUACUUGAAUUUGGGGCUAACUUAGUACCACAUAAUACAUGAGUUAAUCAUCCCACUGUAGUAAGUUUGAGUUCUUCAGAUAGUUGGGCUUAUGAAAAAUUAGGCUGAGACAUCUUAUUUUUGUGCUUCACAUAAGUGUGGAAUAAGUGGAAUAGGUUCUGGUCACGUAAAUAUCACUGCAGAACACGUGUGUGAACUCUGAGGUGUAGCAGCCUCUUUCAGAGUACUCAUAAGCUGUACAAUUGAUUUAUAUAAUCAUGUAGAAUGAACUCAGGUCAUUUUGAAAUUAAGAGUAAUCUUUUUUGUUUAACUUAAAAGCUAGCUCCCCUGCCUUUUUAUAUUUUGGGGGAAAAAUACCUAAAAACCUUAGCCUACAAAGACUCUCACAAAUGCCAAAGAUUUUCAAGGAAAUUCAUAUUAUAUAUUUCAAAAAUUAUUUGUUAAUAUUACCCACCAGAAGAAAUAAAGGAAUUUUAUUUUUUCCCCUUUGGGAAGAUUUCGCUCAUGACCCUCUAGCCUGGGAAUCAGAGUCCUAGACUCUAUUUCUACCUGUACUAUUAAACUCAGCCUUGAAACUGAACUUGAUUAAGUUUCUGUGCCUUAGUUUCUCCACUUGUAAACAGUUGCCUAUAAAAAUUGUUUAAACACCAACCAAAAUUUACCGUAUGUAUUCAUUCUCUUACAGAAAUAAUAGUUUCUUAAUUUAAAUUAAAAAAACUUUCCAAACUAAAAAACUCUGGUUUGGAAAGUAACUGAAAAUACAGUUUUGAGAAACAAACAUGUUUUCCUCACAAAAUGUAUUAUAAUCUGAUUUUCCCAUCUUGUAUUUGUGGAGAAAAUUGGAGAAAAUCUGUAUUGUCUUGUGCCAUUUUGUAACAUGACUUUCUCAGGAAAAAGAUCACUUUCAGUGGCAAUACUUCCUCAAAUAAUUCAAGAUGAGCAUGAGAAUCCAUCUUAUACAUGAAUAAAUCUACUUUAAAGAAUCAAUCUACUAUACUUAGAAUAGAAACCUCAUAUAAAGUUGUCAUUUGAGAUCGAUAAUUAACCGUAGAUGUUUUAUUCUCUCACUUUAGUACCAAAGGCAAAUAAAUACCAUUUAGUUCUUAGAAAUCUUCUCUCUACUGUUCUACUUACUUUGGAGAUAACCACUUAAAUCAGGCAAAUACACUGAAGGUAAAGGUAUUUCUUUUCCUAGCUUUCAAUUUGUCUUGACCAUUUUAAUCCUGCAGAUAGUAGGGCAGCCCCUUUGGGCAAGGAUUUACUCUGGGAAGCCCCAGCCAUCUCCUUUAAGCACAUUCUCUCCCCCUUUGGAAGACGUUUUUACAAUUUUAAAGUAUACUAAUUGUGACACCAGGCAGUAUCUAAAGAUUGCUUUACCAGCAUGAAUCUUAUUUUCCUGGCUUAAAAUCUGAGACUGUGAAGUUCUUCUACAGGAAGGAAAAUGUUACUUUGCAGAGAUAGCCUCAUAUAUUCAUAUAUAUAUGUAUAUAUUAUAUAUAAAUGUACUUGAAGUAUCUUGAAAAUUUUAACAAGCAAAACUUGUUUGGUUGCU